AUGAAGAGCUCCACCGACGACCAUGCCUCUUUACCGAAAGGCGUUUCGCUUGCGGAGCAACUGAGACGCCUGAUAUCACAACUAAUGACCUUAUUAUCUUCCGUCAUCGCUGGAGGAUUUGUACACACACAUUCAGCUCCCACCAUCCCCGCUCCCGACAAAUUUUUUCUCAAGGACGACUUUUCCCUGUGGGUAGCUGAUGCAAAAAACUAUGUGGAUUUGUUUCUCCCCGCCGAACAACGGAGAUUUCUGUUAUCACUCCUGGAUACAGAUGCUCGUGCUAUUCUACUACAGGAUGGCAUCCUGGAUGAGGAAGUCACAGACGACACGUUCACCCAGCUCCAAUCCGCUCUCACUACGCACAAGAAUCCUAUGCUUCUACAGUUCCAGUUUCAAACUAGGGCCCAACAACCCGAUGAAGCAUUCGAUGUUUAUGUNUUCCUGCGUUGCCACGAGAUAUCCGGGAAGAGAAAGUUCUUCAUCAGAUACACCUCGCAGACUGUGCAGCAGGCGAUUGAUACCGCGCGGGAGGAGGAACAAUUGGAAGAUGUUAUACGUCAGUAUCAGGUAUCGGCACCGUCGUACGCCAUGGCUACCGGCCCUUCCAGGACACCUCAGGGUUACAGCCGCCCACCACAGCCCAACCCGGACCAGCAUACGCCUACCAGCGAGGUCGUGGCCGAGUUCCUCGUUGGUCAACAGAGCGCGGCAACUGUG